AAAUGUUGGGAACGGUCAGGCCUCAUCCCUAAAGUGGUGGGGAAAGGCGGCAGACUUUAAAACAUUAUAAACUACUCCACAUGUGGGUACAGCCAUAGUCCCCACCCAUGAGAUUUGCAUGUUGACUUCUCGUCAGCACAAUGGUGAUGUCGAGCGUCCCCUCAACCUAAAUAAUCGUCAUCAUCAUCCAUCUUUAACGAUCAUGAUGUCGACAGGUCUUUAAACUCUUAACAUGGACACUGAGUGAGGUGACACAGUGGUUAGCACACUGGACUCGCAUUCGGGAGGACGACAGUUCAAUCCCGCGUCCGCCCAUUCUGAUUUAGCUUUUGGCAGUAAAGAAAGGUCACUUGGGCUAUCUCUACUAGGGGGGGAUUGGACUACCUAAGUCACCUCUUCCUAUGAACUGGAGGGGGGAAAGGACUCGAACUGAAGUCUUUAUUUCAUGCAGUACAGCCAUGCAGUGUGUGUGCUCACCAGAAGCUCCAGAUUUCAACUGACUUAGUACACAGUACCACCACCAGAGAGCGCUGUCAUCUGUUCCGUGACAUAAUCCAAGAUGGCUGCCAUGAUGUCAACUGAUGACACAAGUACUGUUAGCCAAGAUGGCUGCAAACAGUGGGUUCACCACGAGGUCCGACCCUAGUAUACAGUACCACCACCAGAGAGUGCUGCCGUAACAUGAGCUGAUGAUGUGACUACAGUUAUUCAAGGUGGCGGCAUACAUUGUGUUCACCACAUGGCCUAGUGCCCAGUAGUCACCAAAGGGCACUGUCGCUUAUGACAUCAUCUGAUGAUGUGAGUACCGUUACCCAAGAUGGCCGCAUACACUGUAUUCACCAUGAGGUCUAAGUGGUCUAGUACAUACUGCCACCAUCAGAGCACGUGAUCGUUCAUUCUGUGACGUAACCCAAGAUGGUGGGUGAAAUGGUGGGAACUAAUAGGAGUACUUAAUCUGGUCACAUGCUAGACUUCAGCCAAUAGGAUGGUAGUAUCUGGUGAUGUCAUUGUAGGAGACAUAGGUGAGGCACAGCAGCUCUGGGGCCUCAGUCUUGUUCAGUCAAUUAGCAGCAUCAGAAGAAGAAGAAGAAGAAGUAAAACAAUGUGGCAUCAGCAGCAGUCGCACCACAGCACAGUCAUGCUGAACAGGAUUAAAUGGAAAGGGUCGAGGGCCAACAUGCCAAGCUCUGUGGCCACAUCCAGGCCUGUAGCCACCUCGGCUGCCAUCUCAUCGAGACCUGCAGCAACAACCUCCAGCGUGUCUGAACCAGUAGGGGCCACGUGGGAUCCGGUAGCGCACAUGGCACAAUUGAUGGAGCAGGACAAGAAGUUCCUGUUGUCUGUCCCAGACAUUGAUUUGUGUGAUGAGGACAACUGAUCUGCACCCGACACAUCGAAUGCUGUCGCUGGUAGUGUUAAACAACAAGAUGGAGGUCAGUACUGGUCACCAACAUAUGGCCCAUCCUGGCAGAACAUUUCUGUGAUAGUGCAACCACGGAGUGCAGAUACUGUGGAUAAGAAGGUGUCGAGUUCACCUACACGUUUGACCUCCACAUGCAAUUUAACUCCAAGUGGGUCGAAAUGUGUGAAUGUUGCUAUAGAAGAGCAUCAUGUCUGGGGGUUGCAUGUGAGAAUGGAGAUUGAAAAUGUAUCCAAAUGUGUUAACGUGCCAAUUUCUGAGUUCGACUGGGAUGAAAUAUGUUGUGCAGAGAGUUCCAUCAAUCAGCAGAUGACUACAGAGUAUUAUCCAACUCGUUCUCCCCAGACAUUCGCCUUACUGGUGUGACACUUUCUAUUACAACAGGGUAUGAUGACUGUGCAUUAUGUGUGAAAUUGGGUGGCAACUGUGUUUAUCUAAGACAUGCCUAAGUAAAUAAAUGUCGUGUGACUAGGGCCUCUUGUCGGGUAGACCAUUCGCCGGGUGCAAGUGUCUCGAUUUGACGCCACUUUGAAGGCUUGUGCGUCGAUAGGGAUGAAAUGAUAAUGAUUAGGACGACACAACACCCAAUCCCUGAGUGAAGAAAAUCUCUGACUCAGCCAAGAAUCGAACCUGGGCACUUAGGAUUGGCAUUCCGUCGCACUGACCUCUCAGGUACCGGGGGCAGACGUGCCUCAGUUAUGAAGUUAUACAAUCUGGACACUGCCAUUCGUCUUGCACAGGACAGUCUGAACCAUUGGCUGCCAGCAUAGACUCUGCAUGCAGUGAUGUUGUAAACUCCCUACGUAUGUAUAGUAUACAUGUUGACAAUCUUAAGCAACACCUUUGUUCGCAAAUGAAUGCUAAACCUAAAGAGAAACAGAUUAAAUUGUGUGUGUGUGUGUGUGUGUGUGUGUGUGUGUGUGUGUGUGUGUGUGUGUGUGUGUGUGUGUGUGUGUGUGAAAAACCUGAGUAAUCUGAGUACUGUGAGUCAUCGGGAUAACGGAAGCAUCCGAUUCCACCCGUCUGCUUUGACCAGUGACGUUACCAAUAUGGCGGAAACGACCAUUCACAACUCCCAUACUGCUCCUAGGAUGUCAUCACAUGAACAUAACAAACACGAAAAAAGAUCGAAAAACCACCAAACAGACAUUCCUCCAAAAAUAUAAUGAAACUAAUGGGACAAGUGGGGGAUAUUGGGGGUUUUUGGGUGCGGACAAACUAAAUAUAAACACACACCACAACACCAAACGACAAAAAACACUAAAAUAACAAGACCCCACAACCUUCCCAAAUUCCACUACACACAAAAAUCACCUGGAAUCGACCACUUCCCUUGACCUAUAUAGGUCAACAGUAACAUCCAAGCUGCUCGGGAUUAGCCGAGCAGUCUAAGGUGCUGCAGUCAUGGACUGUGCGGCUGGUCCCGGCAGAGGUUCGAGUCCUCCCUCGGGCAUGGGUGUGUGUGUUUGUCCUGAGGAUAAUUUAGGUUAAGUAGUGUGUGAGCUUAGGGUCUGAUCUUAGCAGUUAAGUCCCAUAAGAUUUCACACACAUUUGAACAGUAGCAACCGAUAUCACACCAUAAAUCUCAAAAUUUUCACCACCACCACACUUAAUCCUACCCCAAAAAAAGCAUCUAGAAAAUCAAAAUUGGAAUUGAACUCUUUCCUUGACCUGUUAUCCUUACGACAUCUCCACAUGUAGCUGUCCCUGGUCCAAGACGCCGUAACUUUAGUAAGCCUCAUUUCUGAACAACACGCUGAACACUUCAUGACUUCAGCCAACAGGCAGAAAAGCUGAAGAAAUUUUAUUAGAGACAACACACUGUCCCCCAUCAUCACUGACAACCGCAAACUGUUGACCUUGUCAGUCAUAUCCAUACCUACCAAAGACAUAAACAAGCCAUUUACCAAAAUUCACACACGAUGAACAGAAAAAAAAAGACUACACUAAUGUCGACAUAGCAAAACCAAAAUCAUUAUCUCUCUGAAAAAUAUACCGCUGAAAGCACAGUCACCACCGUUACCACACACAUGCAAUGCUACCACGCAAAUGAACCCCAUACGCCACAUAACAUGCUACCCAUAAACACACCACCAGAGAUCACCACCAAUCACAUCAAAACAACAACUACAAACACGCCACUCUCACAAACUAAACUCCGCGCCGUCGUGACAUCACACACAACAGCCAUACGUCACGGGCCAAUGCCAAUGGGUGGAAUCGAACGCUUCCGUUGACCCGAGUCAUCUAUUUGCUUUAGUGGGAUACGUGCUGAAUUUAUCACUUGUCAAAAAAGUUUAUUUGGUAAAUACUGUACAGGUGUAAGGAAGAAGAUACAUGCAGAUUGUAAUGAUAUUAAUGUAAUACU